AUGGUGUUAAAUUGGAAUGUUUCAGAACGAAACGAAUUGCUGAAUCAGAUUGAUUUCAAACUGGACUAUACAUACGUUCGUAACGUUGUAUCGUCAAUCCAAGACAUGCCUCGUGUACCGAGCGAAGAGGAACGACGAAAUUUUAAGUUUGAUGCGUCCAAAUUCACUGAUGCCGUUGUUAUGCCGUGGUAUCGUGACAAGGAGCAUCCAUCGUUCUAUUAUGUGGCUGAGGUUCGUUCCAAGAAUUUUGGCUUUUUCGUUCAGAUUAUCGACGCCAAUCCAGGUUCGAAAUUCCCUGAUGAGAAAUUCUCGAAUUUCAACGAAUAUUUCAUCCAGAAAUAUAGCAUCGAAAUCUACGAUCAGACACAGCCACUUUUGGAUGUCGACUACACUUCUAGCCGAUUGAAUUUACUGAUGCCUCGUCAUACGAAUCGAUCGAGAGCUCGUGUGCAAGAGGAGCGUAAGCCAGGCGAGACCAGCUCGCAGGGUCAAAUCCUUGUUCCCGAACUGGUUGACGUGCAUCCCAUUGCUGCGUCUCUUUGGAACGUGAUUGCCGCUCUACCAACACUACUUUAUCGGGCUUCAUCACAAUCGUGCAUUGUUGUUUUUUUCAGAAUCAAUAGUUUAUUGUUAGCGGAUGAGUUACGUGAGACGAUUGUGAAUGAAGCGUUGAAUAUGGAUGGUAAAGUGCCUGAUGGGCAUGUCUGGCCGGCACUCGACUAUCCGACACCGAUGGAUGAUGUCGACAUAAAACCCGUGCAGAAAAUACAACAUCUUCGCAAGGAAUAUGAUGAACGGGUUGCGCGUGCAAAGGAACUGGAACCGAAGACGAACGAUACUGAAUGUGAAGAGAAUUAUUUCGAAAUCGGUGUGUGGGAUCCUGAACUGGGACGUGGUUUAGAACCGUUGGAACCGGAACAUUCUAAACAGGAUGUGGCGAAUAUGGAUGAUCAUGAGGAUACAGUGGGACUACUCUCAAAUGGAUCAAUGCUGAGGCAUCAUGGCGAUAUGUCCGAUGAUGAAGAGGAAGACGCUGUGGUGCUGUUUGACUUCAUGAAUACUCUCGGGAAAGAGAAAGCCGAUCUGUUUGCUCCACGUGAAAAUAUCAUCGAAUCGGCUGGAUGGGAUGAUGUGGAGGUGCAUGAGGAGGUGCUGCCGAAUGAUGUGAAUAUACCUUUGCCAAUCCAAAUCUAUUUGGACUCAUUGGAACAAUUGGAGGAUACGGAUCGACGAAUGCUGAAAGAGGGGCGAAAUGAGGAAAGUGUGGACUUGAUACAGUUUCUGGAUGAUGAUGAUGAAUUGAGCGAAACGCGAUUACCUCCGUUGCCGUUCUCGCUAAAAGAGAGGUAUCUGUUGGAUGAAGAUCUUGGCGAGUCAACGCAUAACCGUAGUGUGCUUGUCCCCGUUCAAUUACCACUCGAUAAAUUCAUCGACAACGCAGAUCAGUUGAAGUCAAUGAAUGGAACUGACAAACAAACGAAUGGUGGAAUGGUGAAACGUUUUGACAGUGAUGCAGAUAUUUUAAAGGAGGCGUUACAAGAUGAUGAACAGCGACGAGAAACACUUUCGAAUGGCAAUGAAACAUCACGACAGGUGAUCAUGGCACCGAAACUGGAGUGGAUGACAUUUUCGUUCGAAAAAGACAGUCUCGCAGAACAUCCGUAUGGUGUAUCGCCAUGUACUCUCUUACAAUAUAGUCGUUUGAUGGUAAAUUUGCAGGCUUUAACAUUAUCGAAUGCAUCUGAUGGUAUAAAUUUGGAACGUUUCGAAACUGUCGGCGAUUCUUUUCUGAAAUACGCUGUCACGGAUUAUCUGUUCCACAAGAAUCCAGAGCAACAUGAAGGAAAACUGAGUUUUGCGAGGAGUAAAGAGGUAUUAUAUGUUUCCAAUUGUAAUUUGUAUCGACUGGGCAAGAAACGAAAUUUGCCGUCGUUGAUUGUUGGUGCAAAAUUUGACCCAAACGACAGUUGGCUACCACCAUGCUAUGCACCCACAUGCGAUUUCAAAGCGCCGAAUUCGAGUGAUGCCGAAGAGUGCGAUAAAAUCAUGGAGAACGUCUUGGAAGGGAAUGCGGCCGUUGAACAAACUGUGAAAGUUCGAACGGGAUGGGAUGAAGUUGAUUCGAAUAGUGAAGUGAGGAAAAUUGCUGAUGGUAUCGAGACAAUCAACUUCCCUCGAGUAAGUGCUGCCCAGUUAAAGUUUCAUUUCAUAUUCUUUGUUAGUAUCAAUUGUUUGUUAAAGGAUGUAAAAUCAACAUGGGAUGGUGCAGAGGAGAUAUCGCCAUUGCCCUAUAACAUGCUAACACAGCAAAAUCUCAGCGAUAAAUCAAUUGCUGAUGCUGUCGAGGCACUGAUUGGAGCGCAUUUACUCGAACUUGGCCCAUCGGCCACUCUCAAAUUCAUGAAGUGGAUGGGUCUCAAGGUGCUCACUCAGCCAAUAGAACUUGAAGCACCUCUGCUCAGAUUCAUCGAUACACCACAAGAGCCAGAACUGUCCUCUUGUAAGUUGAAAGAGUUUUGGGUGCAGUUUCAAUUCUCAAAACUGGAAGAGUCGAUUGGCUACCGUUUUCGAGAGCGAGCUUAUUUGCUACAAGCGUUUACGCAUGCAUCCUACUACAAGAAUCGUAUCACCGGGUGUUAUCAGCGAUUGGAAUUUCUCGGUGAUGCGGUGUUGGACUAUGUAAUAACGCGAUUUCUCUUUCAACAUCCCCGUCAAUACAGUCCUGGUGUACUAACAGAUUUACGUUCUGCACUUGUCAACAACACAAUAUUCGCCUCACUUGCUGUUAAAUACGAUUUCCAUAAGCAUUUCGUUGCGAUGUGUCCGGGUCUCCAUCAUAUGAUCGAGAAAUUCGUCCGUCUGUGUACUGAGAAGAAUUUCUCGGGAGCGAAUUUCAACGCUGAAAUGUACAUGGUAACAACCGAAGAAGAAAUUGAUGAGGGUGAAGAGGAGGACAUCGAAGUGCCGAAAGCAAUGGGCGAUAUCUUCGAGUCGGUGGCGGGUGCCGUUUACUUGAAGUAUUUUGUUGCGAUGAUGAAACUUGAACGAAUUCUGGAAACGGGUAAAGUGCGCGUAACGGUUGAUAUAAAAGAUAAAUGCCGGUUCACCGGUAUGGGUCGUAGCUAUCGUAUUGCCAAAUGUACGGCGGCCAAAAGGGCGUUGAGAUAUCUUCGAAAGCUGAAGGAGGAGAAAGAAAAGGCUGCUGUGUCGAGAACGUGA